AUGUUUCGUCUUACAAUUGACCAAUUCCAUUUCAUGAAUCCAUCGGUUAAUCGAGAUUGCUCGACACUUGUCGUGGGUACACAUUAUUGUGUUACGACGGAACGCGGCGGGGGGACAACAAGCAGUGGAACAGGAACUGUUACGCCGUCACCCGUGCAGACCGGAAUGACAUCUGCGUGUGAUAACUUCUAUAAAGUUCAGAUAGCAGACGGCUGCUCUGAUAUUGCACAAAACUAUAGUAUUUCGCUGGGCAACUUUUACGCUUGGAAUCCUGCAAUCAAGACGAAUUGCUCAGGGCUCCAUGCCAGUGUUUACAGUGGAAUGGCUAGAAACUGUAAGAAGUUUCACAGUGUUCAUGCCGGAGACGAGUGUGCCGCAAUCGCGAGCAGUGAGAGCAUCCCCCUGGCUUCCUUUUACGCCUGGAACCAAGCCAUCAAGACAAACUGUGGCGGACUUCAGGCGGGCGUCUAUGUUUGUGUUGGUGUACAAACGAGUUCACAUUCCCUUACCUCUACCACCAUCCCCACGCCUACUGAGAUAUUGGCCCCUAGGCCAACGUAA